UCGCCAUAGAAAAUCAUGCAGAAAUUGAAGAAAAAAUUAAAAAACAAGUUCAAAUCUUCCAAAAUCGAAUGCCACCCGGAUGAUUUUAGUGUCCUAUCGUGCGGUUUCAGCCCGGAUGGAUCACCGGCUCCGCCACCGACUGCGCCCGACCAGUCGGAUAGCACAAGCAGCAGCUGCUCUGUUGGCCGACCGGGACCGAGGCCACCACCUGGGAGCCUUGAAGACACUGGAAAUAGCAGCAACAGUGGACAUCAUUCACCUUCAUCAAACUACAAUUGUUGCUACAAUUACAACUUUAGUUUCAAUUACAAUUUUUCACCGCCACCUCAUCAGAGAUGCACCGGCAGCCAUUCGCCUCCGAAUUGGCGUGAUGAUGAGAUAUGUGAGGAGUUGAGUAAGUUCGACAGCAAUAGUAAUUUAGUUUCCGAGAGUUCAUGUGAAUUGACUAAAAAAAGUCGCAAAGGGAGAAAGGUUAGACCGGUUACUACAGAAAAGAGUAAAAGAAGUAACUCGAGCAUGUCGUCGAAAGUUACACCGAGCAAUGCCAGACUGAUGCGAGCUGAUGGCAUAAGAGCACCACGCUGCCUGUCGACAAGUGAUCUGUCAACUUACAAAGGAAGCGUGUUCAGUGAAGCUAGUCAAGAUUAUCAGAACAUUUGUAGUCGACUGAACUCGUUAAAAGUUACCGAAAUUCUAGACCAGAAGGGAGCAAACUUGACGGACCACGAUCGAAGGAUUCUGCACUGUAUGGUGUUGAAGCGAAUCAAAGAAAUUGAACGACUCGAGGAGUCGGUAGUUGCGAAGGAAUGCUGGGAACAGGAAAAAAUCUACAGAAAGUCACUUCUCGAUGAGCAAGAACGUAACUACAAAAAUACGAUUCGGCAGAAACGAAACAUCGAACAGAUUGAGAUUCGCAAUCGGAAGCAACGUUUGGAGCGCCUCGAAAAGCAACAAAUCGAGAAAAUUCAAAACGAGAUUACGGAAAAGGGUAUUCGUUCCAGUAGUUUGCUUAAGACGCUGGAAAUUCAGAAAGGAAUUAAGGAAUGUGAGAAGAAAAACCGAGAAUUGAAACGAUUGGAGGACACCACAGUUAACCAGGAGGAGAAAACCUUAGACAAAGAUAUUUGGCGCCAGUCGUUGGUGGAUCAUUUAGAGGAGCGUGUACAGCGGGCGGAUGAACUGCGGCACCGAGUUAUCGAGGUUUACAAACGUCGCGUCAAAAUCGACAACCAACUGGAGAAGAAAAUGCAUUCGAAUAAUCUCAAACAAACGCUCGAACAGGAACGAUACAAGUUGAUGAAGCUGAAAGAACGAAUUUUAGUGAGAGAAAGUCGCUUCCAACGGUUCAAAGAUAGCAAAAAUCGUAUAUUCGACCAACUAAAGAAUCGUGCCAAAACGACAGCUGCCCUCAGAGACAUGGUCAAGCACUCGAUCACUCCGGACACCUGCCCCAGAACGAUAGCAGGCAAUCAACGAGCGGUCAGUGUUGUCCGGGUGAAAUAAGUUCCCAAUAAA